AUGUCCGGUCCAGGCGCAGCCCACGAGUUCCCCGCCAAGGAGGUCUCCUGGCUGAAGCGCGACGUCCUCCUCUUCGCAAACAGCAUCGGCGCCACCUCCAAGGAGCUGCAUUUUCUCUUCGAACUACAUCCCAACUUUGCCGUCUUCCCAACCUACCCAAUCAUCCUCCCAUUCAAACUCACCGACCAAGAGGUAACAGACUUCUACGCCCGCUCCAAGGCCUCGCCCAUCCCCGGCGUGCCGGCCUUCGACCCCAAGCGCGUCGUCGACGGCCAGCGCAAGAUCACCGUCUUCAAACAGCUCCCCACCACCAGCGCCGGUCGCAAAUUCGAGCUGCGCAAUAAGGUCGUUGGUGUGUAUGACAAGGGCAAGGCGUCGGUUGUGGAGACGGAGCAGACGGUCGUUGAUAAGGAGAGCGGCGAGGUCUACUGUAGUGUCGUUGGCAGCGCGUUUUAUGUUGGGCAGGGGGGGUGGGGUGGGCCGAAGGGACCUGCAACGCCCAACUAUCCCCCUCCUAAAGACCGCAAGCCCGAUGCCGUCCGCGAGGUCCAGACAACCACCGAGACGGCACAGCUGUACCGUCUAAACGGCGACUACAACCCCCUCCACGCAACCCCCGAGCCCGGCCGAAAGAUGGGCUUCGGCGGCAUCAUCAUCCACGGCCUGUUCAGCUGGAACUCCGCCGCGCACAUCGUCCUCGAAGCUUUCGGGAACAGCGACCCCGCCAAUUUCCGCGAGUUCCAGGCGCGCUUUGCGUCGCCGGUUAAACCGGGCGAUAGGCUUGUUACGGAGUUGUGGCGCACUGGCGAGGUGGUUGAUGGGUUUGAGGAGAUUCGCUUUGUUACCAAGAAUCAGACGGGCGCCGUGGUGCUUAGCAAUGGGCGAGCUUUGAUUCGGGUUAAGGGGGGUGCAAAGUUGUAG